GAUGCGUUCCCGUUAUUCAAGGAGAUGGACAGUCCUAUUACGAGACUUCUCAUCAAGCGCAGUUUAGAGGGCAAUGGAGUCCACCUGCAAAGCCAAGUAAAAAGCGCCUGUCUGCUAUUAAAUUUGGGGAUGCCAGAAUCAGUGGAUCGAUGAGCGAGCAGAAACACGCCUUCAGAGCCCCAGACAAGAGAACACACAGGACCUAUAACAAGGAACAUGCUGCCUCCCAGAUCCACCGCACGAACCUGCAGCUGGGAGAUGGCUGCACCAGACUCCCCACCUCGACAUCAGAGCUCUUCCCAGUACACAAUCCAGAUGAAAGUUCUGUCUCAACCAUGCAGGCCUUGCUGGUCCCACACGGACAGCAGAAACGACAGCCCUCCAAAGACGUGCUGCAGCAGAUCAAACACUCCCCCCUGGGGCUACCCCGGAGGGCGCAGGAUGUCUUCGGGACUGAGCAGGAAGACGAGUUCACACCCAAGUCCAGAGCCCCAGCAGGGAUGCAAAAGACAAACUCCCAAGUGAGCUGCAUCCCCCAGGGGACCCGGAAAGGAUCCUGUCCCCGGAGGAAGCUGCUGCACGGCCGGGUGCAGCUGGAGCUCCGCGGCACGCUGCGGCUCCGGGCCCUGGAGGUGUACGCUCGCGGGCGCGCCGUCACGCACUGGCUGGAGAGCCACAGCGUGGGGCUCAACAUCGUCUACCGCGACUACACAGCCUACCAGACCUUCCUGUACCGCCGCCGCCAGCUCAUCCCCG